CAAACACGUAAGAGUGCUGAAGACUAGUUUGCAAUUCUCGGAUCACGAGAAUAGUGCAUGAUUUGUUUUUCUUACAACGCUACAAUAUUAGAAGUACAACCAAUGCUUAGCGCAUCCCCUAACAAUCAGACGCGGAAUACACGGACAUUCGGCCCCUCACACCUAGUGUCCGUGGCAUUUCUCCGAAGUUGAAAUGGGAACACACUUCUUUCUUUACAAAUUUGCUUCUCAAAUGCUGUUUUUUACUGUAGAAUAGAAGCUUUACAAGGUUGACCAACAUGAGUCUUUCUAUCUAAUUCAAACAGUAUCCAGCAUGUAAUGCUUUACUAGUCACCCCCAACGUAGAAAGUGUUCCGAUACCUAAAAUUUGUGAAAAGUGCACGGACACCUAAAACCUGAGUUCUAUAUCCAGGUUUCCUUCUCCGAAAUUCCCUACUAUCAAAAAAAAAAAAAAAAUUCAAAACAGAACUGUGGAUUAUACAGCAGCAAUAUGACAAGGGAAAACAAAGCCCUUGUUGCCGGGAGGGAACAUGAUCUUUUUAGAAGAAAUUAAAGAUGGCUACCAGUUGAGGCUGAAGUUCUACUAGGGAUUUCUUGUUUGUGGCUAAUAUGUAGGUAAUAAUGAAGGUUUGCGGCUAAUAGUCUAGUAAACUAAGGUUUACUAUUCACAGUGCUAACUAGGGUUCCAUGCAGUUGUAGUUGCAGUUGCCAGCUUUCUUGUCUCAAAUUUGAGGAGCCACCCUCACCAACAAACUUUGUGCAAAUGCUAUCAUCU